CAAAUCAAUAACUGAAUUCUGCUUUAUCGGAGUAUAAAAGAACUUCUCUUCCUUAAAUUACCAUAUUACCCCCAAUUCCGAAGAAUAAAAUCCUAGUGACACGUCCAAUAAAUUACUAAAACAGAAAAGCAUAUAAUUUAAAAAUAGAAGCAAAAUUAGCCUUCACUAUAAAAAUAGCGGUUACUCAUGACAAGCUAAAAGUCGAACUCCUUUUCUUCUUCAAUCAAACCGCAGAAGAGAAACAGCUGCUGCUUGUUUUUGCUUACUGCUUGUGCUUCUACUACACUCUCCUUUGUUGCUCUCUUUGUUUUCCAUGCACAAGCUUAUAAGCUGUUCGCAUGAAGUUUGUUGGUUGAAGUUACAAAAUGUUGGUUUGACAAGUUGAUAGAGGUGCAGCCUAACUGUAUGAGCAGAGGAGCUUCAUUUUAUAGGCUCAGUCCUGAUAACCGAAAUUUCAGUUUCUAAAAUUUGUUCAGUCCGUUAUAUAAACAGAGAGAAAAGGAAAAAAAAAACAUUCUGCAGUGAUAUAUGACAUGGAUGAGUAUCUCGACCAAUAUUUCUCUUCUUCAUCAUGGUCAGAUGUUAAUGCAAGGGAAAGGUCAACUUGGGACUAUUGUGAACAACAAAAUGGACUGCUCCCGGUUUCACUUGGAGUAUAUGAAGAUGAUGAGAAAAAUUCAACUGCAAGUAUUGUAAGUGCAAACCAAACAAUGGAGAGCUUGGCCUAUAAGGAUUUGUUGUCUAUUGUUCUUGGUGAAGAGUCAGAUUACAGUGAUGACAAGAAUCUACUUUCUGAAGAUGCUCAAGCGCUAAAGGAUUAUCAAAACUGCAGUGGCAGCCUCUCAAGUAAGAUGAAUGGAAGUUUAAAACUUGGAAAUGUAGGCCUGCGAUGUGAUACAGCUAUUCCUGCCUUUGAUUCAAUAAAUCUCAGUUAUCCAAAGAAGCCUCCGGUGGUCAAUCACAUGACUUCAUCUGAUCUUUCUUUGAGCAACUCAGGAAACCUUGGAGGUAAUGGCAGUGAAUUGUCUGAUAUUCAGAGAUCCAUCAGAGAUUUACACACUGUUUCUCCAAUUCCAGGAUUUUGGCUUCCGUCAUCUUAUAAGGAGGUUUCAUCCUUGUCUGCUGUAAGACAAGAUAGAAUACAGUGCUUUGGUCUGCAAGCAGCAAAUAUAAGCAAUGAUAGAGAUACUACUAGGAACAGAUAUGUGGGGAUGCAAAAAAUCUUGCAGUUUGAUAACUUGCCUGCUUCAGUAUGCCCCAAGGGGAAACAAGAAUUGCAAAAUCAUCCAUUAUCAUCCUUUGCUGCUGCACCCCAGAUAGUGAUACCAUCUAUACAGCAGACAGUAUCAACAACUCCAACUGGUAACUUUAAUGCAACUGGAAAGCCUCGCGUAAGGGCACGUCGAGGCCAGGCCACUGACCCACACAGCAUUGCUGAAAGGCUCAGGAGAGAGAAAAUUGCUGAAAGGAUGAAGAAUUUGCAAGAGCUUGUACCUAACUCCAACAAGAUAGGCAAGGCAUCCAUGCUUGAUGAGAUCAUAGACUACGUAAAAUUUCUUCAACUCCAGGUCAAGGUACUAAGCAUGAGCAAGUUGGGGGCCGCAGGGGCAGUUCUUCCUCUCAUCACAGAUGGCCAAGACGAGGGAUCUAAAGGUUUGUCGCAGUCGCAACCAGUCAGAAAAGGAGUUGAUAUUUCUCAUAAUCCUGAUCAAGUUGCCUUCGAAGAAGAAGUAGUGAAGCUAAUGGAAACAAAUGUGACUAUGGCAAUGCAACAUCUUCAGACAAAAGGUCUCUGCCUCAUGCCUAUUGCUUUGGCUGCCACCAUAUCCAGUGGAAAGGCAUCAUCAUCAUCAUCUACAUCUGUUUCUGAAGACUGGAAGAAAUUCAGGUUCAGCAAGUGUUGUUCAAAAUAAUAGCAGCAGCAGCAGUAAUAACAGAAACUGGAGUCUCAUCUUACUGAGUUGUAAUAUAGAGUUUACCAGAAAUACUUGAGAGAACUACCUCAUUAAAUUUAACUAACUAAUAAAAUGUAAUCUACAAAUUACUCUUCCUG